UUCGAUAAUUUGAUCAAUAAUAAAGAGAGAGAAUGGCAUCAUCAUUCACAGGAACUCAGGACAAAUGCAGUGCUUGCGACAAGACUGUUUAUUUUGUGGAUUUGUUGUCUGCUGAUGGACACACUUUUCACAAAUCAUGUUUCAAAUGCAGCCAUUGCAAAGGCACUCUUGUGAUGAGCAACUACUCUUCCAUGGAUGGAGUUCUCUACUGCAAGACCCAUUUUGAACAGCUUUUUAAGGAGUCUGGAAAUUUUAGCAAGAAUUUUCAACCCGGAAAACAUGAGAAGGACCUGACAAGGGCACCAAGCAAAGUCUCUACUAUGUUCUGUGGGACCCAAGAUAAAUGCCCUGCAUGCAGCAAAACUGUGUAUCCACUCGAAAAGGUGGCGUUGGAGGGAGAGUCGUUCCACAAGUCAUGCUUCAAAUGCGCCCACGGCGGCUGUGCGCUGACGCACUCGUCCUACGCCGCUCUCGACGGGAUCCUCUACUGCAAGCACCACUUCCAUCAGCUUUUCAUGGAGAAAGGAAACUACCAGCACGUUAUCGACGCUGGCAGGAAGAGCUCCGCUGAGAAUGACGAAGACCACCGUGCAGCCGCCGCUGCAGCUGCUAACGCAGCAGCAGAGGAAGAUGGUGGGGAGGCUAAGGCGGAUCCGGAUGAGCCCGAGCCCGAGCCCGAGACCGAGCCCGAGCCUGAGCCUGAGCCCGAGCCUGAGCAUGAGCCUGAGCCUGAGCCUGAGCCUGAGCCUGAGCCUGAGCCCGAGCCUGAGCCCGAGGCGGAGGCGGAGGCGGAGGAGAAGGCGGAGGAGAAGGCGGAGGAGAAGGCUGAGGAGAAGGCGGAGGAGAAGGCGGAGGAGAAGGCUGAGGAGAAGGCUGAGGAGAAGGCGGAGGAGAAGGCUGAGGAGAAGGCUGAGGAGAAGGCGGAGGAGAAGGCUGAGGAGAAGGCGGAUGACUAGGUCUCUCUCUUUUUGGUUAAUUAAUUAAUUAACUAUACAGCCAAGAUUUUCCGACGUUUUGGUUUAGGUUUUCAAGUUAUGUUGUUUGAUUUCUUUAAGGAGUAAAGGCCAAUUGUGGUCCAAAACAUAUGACUAUUUUACAA